CGGGUUUUACAAGGAGGCAAAAGUCCAGGAGGCACCCAGCCUAGCCCACCCGGCCCCGGCGAGCGGUGACCACCGCGCUUCUGGCCGUCUCGCUCCAGACAUUCCGCUGCUGCCACUGGAAUGCGCAGACAGGGCUCCUUGUUGGCCUUGGGCGGAUCCGGGCUGGCUAGGCCCGAGACACUGGGGGAGGGCGCGGGGCGGUGCCUCCAGAGCGGGACCUUUAAAUCCUCCGCCUCGCUGCUACCCCGGGCCCCCUACUGACUCGGCCAGCCCUGAACCCCUCGUGGCGACAGACCCCUGCCGGUCCACCGACCUCACCAUGUCUUCCGUGGCCCUCGCGCGCCACCUCCAGGCUCUCCUGCUACUCUGGCCGCUGCUACUGCUGCUGCCCCCCGCCACCCCUGGUCCCUUGGCCCGCACGGGUGUCCGGAGGCUGGGGAUUCGUGGUCCCGGGGGCAGCCCCGGUCUUCGUCCGCCUCCCGGGGCCCGUGGCGCAGGUGUUUGUAAGAGCAGGCCUCUGGACUUGGUGUUUGUCAUUGACAGUUCUCGCAGUGUGCGGCCACUGGAAUUCACCAAAGUGAAAACCUUUGUCUCCCGUAUCAUCGACACUCUGGAAAUUGGGGCUGCUGACACAAGGGUGGCUGUGGUGAAUUAUGCCAGCACUGUGAAGAUUGAAUUCCAGCUCCACACCUACUCAGAGAAGCAGGCCCUGAAGCAGGCUGUGGCAAGGAUCAAACCCUUGUCAACAGGCACCAUGUCAGGGCUGGCUAUCCAGACAACUAUGGAAGAAGCCUUUACAGUGGAGGCAGGAGCUCGAGGGCCCACAUCCAACAUCCCCAAGGUGGCCAUCAUUGUGACAGAUGGGAGGCCCCAGGACCAGGUGAAUGAGGUGGCUGCCAGGGCCCGGGCAUCUGGCAUUGAGCUCUAUGCUGUAGGUGUGGACCGAGCAGACAUGGAUUCCCUCAAAAUGAUGGCCAGUGAGCCCCUGGAUGAGCAUGUGUUCUAUGUGGAGACCUAUGGUGUCAUUGAGAAACUCUCCUCUAGAUUUCAGGAAACCUUUUGUGCUCUAGACCCGUGUAUGCUAGGCACACAUCAGUGCCAGCAUGUGUGUGUCAGUGAUGGGGAUGGCAGACACCACUGUGAAUGCAGCCAAGGGUACACUUUGAACGCUGACAAGAAAACAUGUUCAGCUCUGGACCUAUGUGUGCUUGGCACACACCAGUGUCAGCACGUGUGCAUCAGCGAUGGGGAUGGCAGACACCACUGUGAAUGCAGCCAAGGGUACACCUUGAAUGCCGACAAGAAAACAUGUUCAGUUAUUGACAAGUGUGCCCUUAACACCCAUGAGUGUGAACAGAUCUGUGUGAAUGACAGAACUGGCUCUUACCAUUGCGAGUGCUAUGAAGGUUAUUCCCUGAAUGCAGACAGGAAAACUUGUGCAGCUCAGGACAAAUGUUCUUUGGGUACACAUGGCUGUCAGCACAUUUGUGUGAAUGAUGGAGCUGAGUCCCAUCACUGUGAGUGUUUUGAAGGCUACAGUCUGAAUGCAGAUAAGAAAACAUGCUCAGUUCAUAACAAGUGUGCUCUGGGCACUCAUGGCUGCCAGCACAUCUGCGUGAGUGACGGGGCAGCAUCCUACCAUUGUGACUGUUUCCCUGGCUAUACCUUGAAUGAAGACAAGAGGACUUGUUCAGACAUUGAAGAAGCACGGAGACUCAUUUCUACUGAAGGUACUUGUGGCUGUGAAGCCACACUUGUAUUCCAGGAGAAGGUUAGCUCCUCUCUGCAGAGACUGAACACCAAGCUUGAUAACAUUUUGGAGAAGUUGCAAGUAAAUGAAUAAGGACAAGUGCAUCACUAAAAUGCCCCAAACUCUCACUUUGAAAUGUGGAGUGCUUGCUAUACUUAAUACUCAUUUAUAUUUUUGUAUUUGUGCAGCUCUAGUGUUCUUGGUAAUAACUGGCCAUUACAAAUGCUUGAAUAUUAUUUGACAAAUAGUAUGAGGAUUUUCUGGAAAAUCAGCAUCAUUUUCCAAGGAAAUAUAUGUGCAGACCCUUACUAAGAGUGAACUUAGUUUAGCCUCUAAGCUACGAUAGUGAAAUGAUUGUUAAGAAGUAGAAUGAAAAGUUUAAUGUUUCUUUACCUACUAAUUGAGCCACUUAAUUUUUAAAUCUUUGUAUUAGUAAGGUAUCAUAUAUACAAUAGAAACUUCUAGGUCUAUUUUCUCUUAGUAGUAUCUUAUUACUGAGAGCACAAAUUUUAUGAAGGAAUUACACAUAAAAAGUUUGUAUAAUUAGAGAAGACUAUAUUUAGAACUGUUUAAUACUUUUUUCUCAUUCUUGCUGAAGUAUUACUGAGGCUGAAAUCAAGGGGUUGUACUACAUGUACCUAAAAUAUUUAAUAUACAGUAAAUGAACAUUAUAUAACAUUUGUAGCUAAAUCUUGUUUUAGAAAUGCACAAUUAAAGAGUGCUAGUUGUGAAUUUAAGGUGCUAAACUUUUUACCAAGGACAAAGAAUCCUAAGUUUACCAUUUCCUUUAUUAUGCAAAAAUUGAUAAUACUGAUAACAGAUAUUUAUAAGAUUGCUAUAACAAGCAACAAGAUCUAAUAUUGUCUUUAAAAAGUAUUAGUGGGCUGGAGAGAUGACUUAACUGUUAAGGUGCUUGCCAGUAA